AAGAGGAAAAUUAGUAGACAGAUUUCUCUUAUAAAUAUCCUACACAGAGAAACACCAUUCACGUUCAUCUCAAGCACUGCACAAUCCUUCUAAGUCUUUCACCUUUCCUUCCGUGGCUUCAUAAGACCAGUUUUGAUCUUCCACUUUUGGGGGAUUGUCUGCUUUUUGCCUCCAUCACGAAUUACAGACAGUUUCUUAGUCACCAUGGAGACGGAGGGCCACCACCAUCUCUUUCAUGGGGAGAAGAAACAUGUAAAGACUCCAGAGCAACAACUGAAGCAUAACAAGCACAUGCAGCUUCUUGGCAAAGUCGGGACUGUUACUGCCGGUGCCUAUGCCUUGCAUGAGAAGAAUAAAGCGAAAAAGGACCCAGAUAAUGCACAUGCGCACAAAGUCAAGGAGGGGAUUGCUGCAACCAUUGCUGUUGGCAGCGCUGGGUUGGUGUUCCAUGAGCACCAUGAAAAGAAGGCAGCAAAGCAGAUGAUUAAGGAAGAGAAGAAGAAAGGAAAAGGCCAUUGAUUGCACUCAUAUAUUUGGGUAGUCAUAUGUCCUAUAGUGUGUGAUAGGAGCUUAGCGGCUCAUGUACUUUAAUAAACUGUUAUAUGGAUGUACGUAGCUAUGUAUAUUCCCUUCUCUGUCUUAUUUACGAGUUCUUUGGUUGUAUAUCCAGUCAUUUAGAGUCUUUUCAUUGUGUACCUUUGUUGAGGCAACAAUACUUUUCUUUUCAAGGAGAAAACUAGCUAGGCAGCUAGCUUGGUCCUUGGAAACUUCGGUCACAAAGGUCAAAAACAGCUUCAUCUUUCAAAAUAAUUGCAGUAAUUGCAGCUUCCUUAGUAUUUAAGACUGUGAUCAGCGUCAUAAAUGG